AUGUUGGACGUCAACGAUUUCAUCGUCGAGCGAGGGGGAGAUCCCAAAAAGAUCAAGGAGUCACAACGUCGGCGACAUGCCCCCGAAGAGGUUGUUGACGAGGUCAUUGCCAUGUUUGAGGACCACAGAAAAACUCAGUAUGCAGCUGCAACAGAUAUGGGAGCCAAGAUCAACAAGGUGCAAAAAGAGAUGGGCUUGAACAAGAAGAACAAGGGCAGCAAGGAGGAAUUUGAUGCAUUGUUGAAGCAGAAGGAUGAUCUGACCAAGGAGAAGAAAGAGCUGGAAGAACUCGCAGCGAAGAAGUAUGAAGCACUCACCAAGAAAGUGAAGAGCAUUGGCAACUACGUCCACGAAUCAGUGCCAGUCUCCGACAACGAGGACAACAACGCGCUAAUACGCGACUGGGCACCAGAGGGGGUCAAGGUGGAGAAGAAGGACUGCUUGUCACAUCACGAAGUGCUCACUCGGAUAGACGGCUACGAUCCAGAGCGAGGUACCAAGCUGGUUGGACACAGAGGAUACUUUCUUGUUCGCAAUGGCUUCUGGCUCGCACAGGCACUUCAGACCUACGGUAUGCGAUUCCUGGGCUCCAGAGGCUACGAUCCCAUGCAGCCGCCCUUCUUUAUGCUCCGCGAGUUGAUGGCGAAGACUGCACAGCUUGAGCAGUUCGACGAAGAGCUCUACAAGGUCACAGAGCGGGAGAACGAUCCCGCGACCGACAAGUACCUCAUCGCAACCUCAGAACAACCCAUUUCUGUGUACCACUCCAAUGAAUGGCUCAACGAUAAGGAUCUACCACUGAGAUACGCUGGUUUCUCCACUUGCUUCCGAAAAGAGGCUGGCUCUCACGGCAAGGAUGCAUGGGGCAUUUUCCGUGUACAUCAAUUUGAAAAGGUCGAACAGUUCGUCUUCUGCAAGCCAGAGGACAGCUGGAAGCACAUUGAGGAGAUGAUUGACUUUGCUGAAGAGUUUUACAAGUCGCUCAAACUCCCGUACCGAGUCGUGGCAAUCGUUUCUGGCGCAUUGAACAAUGCUGCUGCCAAGAAGUACGAUCUGGAGGCCUGGUUUCCCUUCCAGGGCGAGUACAAGGAGCUCGUGUCUUGCUCAAACUGCACAGACUACCAGACCAGAGAACUUGAAAUCCGGUACGGCCAGAAGAAGCAGACCGACGCCUCAUUCCAGAAGUCCUACGUCCACGCACUCAACUGUACGCUUGCUGCCAUCGAGCGUGCUCUUUGCUGCAUUCUCGAGAACUACCAGACGGAGGAGGGCAUCAUCAUUCCAGAAGUUCUGCGGAGAUAUAUGCCGAAUGAAGAGGAGUUCUUGCCUUUCGUCAAGGAGCUGCCGAAGGACUCGACUUCACUCAAGGCGAAGGGCACGGCCGAGCAGAAGAGUGGUGGCAAGCCACAGCUUCCCAAGGAGGGCGAGCUGGCGGAGCGACCGAAACACCCAGCUGAGGAGAAGCGCUCGUGA